GCUCAAUUGGCUACGACGUUGCCUUUCAUCCAUUAUAUCAUACCGGGGUUCGACUCCCGCUAUGUUUGAAUUAUUUUUACAGUUUCCCCUUGUCCUUAUGGCCGGCUUUGGUUCCCCUUUCUGGUGCGGAUUAUGUCACAGCGGCCCACGUGUAAGACCUACAAGCAAACCACAGGCCCGUCCUGCAGGUGCGACACUACCCUUGAUUCACAGGACACCGUCAAGCUAUCCGUCAAAAUAUCAUCAUUCCCCUGCGGGUGCCUCGUUACCCGCCCUACGGUUGCCUACUGGCAGAUUUCUGCCCGUGUAACGGAUAUACGAGUCGCCGAUGGUACUAUCACGGUACCAGUAAUGCAACUGGGAUAGUAAUGCAACUACUCAAUUCUGAACACACUGCCUGCUCCAAAUAUUCUGGGAUUUUUGUAUAUCAUGUAUUGUACCAUGCUCCUUACAACUACACGCUUCGCACGAUGUGUUGUUGAACUGGCUGAAUGUACAGAAUUCAUUCCAUACCGUUGUCCAUCAAUCUCAGUGCUUAGAUCGC